AUGGACAUGGACACUCAACAUAUCUAUUGGGAUAUCGAACACCUGACGUGGCGGAAACCAAUGCGGCUCACAGGCACAACAUAUAUCCACAUUGCACAUGCUGAGUAUUCCACAGGGUCCCGCUACGAAGAGUGCUACGUCAGCCCCAGGGUUUGGUAUCCCAGCAGAAACUCCCCCGACGGUCGCGAAAGACGGAACAAGGGCUCAUCCAAAGAAGAUUCUGCGGGCCAUCAAUUCGACGGGUUCAUCGAAGAGGACCUCAGAGUCGGCGGACCAUACAUGUGCCGCAUCCCUUGCCUAUGGAUUCCGCUCGCCAAACACCACAGCCAGUACCAGCGUCUCGUUGAAGAUGCCGCCGACAUAAAGGCCGAGAUUGAACGAUUCUUGUGGCGGCCGGUAUAA